UUGAGUUUGGGGGGGGAAUCGGGGAGAUUGCUGAUUGCUCCAGAAGUGGUCCUACAGUUGUUGUGUAUGUGUUUCACCUUUGUUAUUUUAAUGUUUGCAUCGAAAACGAAGAAGGAAGCCGGAGGGAUGACAUCGCAGAUCAACAAUGAAGUUUGUGCAGAAGCGGGCUCAGCGGCGGCGAUGAUUUCUGAGCCACCAAAGAAGAGACAGAGAACAGUGGAGGACUUCAAUCAAUUCUGCACAUUUGUAUUAGCAUACGCAGGCUACAUCCCAUACCCAAAGGAGCACGACCCCUGGAUCCAUGCAAGUCUAAGUCCUCGGAACAGCACUGGGAGCACAUUGGACAGCGAUAGCUGGGAGUCUUCCCGCUCUUCUGAUUCCCAUGUUCUAAACUAUGGCAAAAAAUUAAAAUGCAUGGUAGACAAAGAAGUGAUGAAGCGGGGCAAGUCAGACAGCCUGCUGCUGGAGCGGCCAAAUUUCACCAGCUCCCUGUUUGAAAGUCCAGAGAAAACAAAGUUGGAGAAGGUGAAGAAGAAGAAGAUGUCUUUGAAGAAACUAAGUCUUGAUGGGGUGAGGAAGAAGAAGAGUUCUGAAAGUGGGAAGAAAAUUAAUUUUGAAAAUGGUAGGAAAGCAGUGUCCCAGCCACCAUCUGAGAUCACCAGACCAUUAGAGAUCCGAGAAGUGAUUGAAAAGGUGCCGCAGAGUGAGACUGAUUCGGUGGAGGAGACACUUAAAAAAUCUCAUGAGGCUAAAGAGAUCAGCAAGCAGACUUUGCUGCUGGAAGAGUUUGAAAGGGAGGCAGCAGACGCAGAAAGAUCUUUGGUGAGUGAGCAGUUCAAAGGACUGCAGGAAGAUCAGGAAGAAAAGCAUGAAGUAAGUGAAAAGAAGGAAGAACAGAAGGAGAUGGAAGAUGAGAAGAAAGUGGAGAAGUGUAGCAACGACCUGGAAGCGAAUGUAACAGAUGAAAUCACAGUGGGCUCAGGUCCUCCUCCUGACUCAGAGACAGUCUCCACAGAAAACCUCAAGAUUGAAGAUGACGACUCCUGGGAUCUGAUUACCUGUUUCUGUAUGAAGCCUUUUGCUGGUAGGCCAAUGAUUGAAUGUAAUGAGUGUGGGACCUGGAUUCAUCUCUCUUGUGCUAAGAUCAGGAAGUCAAAUGUUCCAGAGGUUUUUAUCUGUCAGAAGUGUAAGGACUCAAAGCAGGACAUUAGGAGGUCCAAUCGAGCUCGAACCGGGCCGAAGAAACGCUUCAGCGAAUGACUAGUCGAAGACCUGGUGGUUCUGACAAGUCAUAGAGACAAUCAUACACAAUGGGAGAAGGAAAAAGUAUAUUGAGAACUUUGUUGGACCAACUCUGCCUUGUCUGGUCGGGCAUUGAUCAUUUGCCAUCUUGAAAAAAAUUUAAAGGUGCAGGAUUCACCGUACAUUGAAUGUGUAUAUAAUUCAAGUCCUGGAGCUAUAAGCCUCUUCUCGCUCAUCCAAGUGCUCUGCAUUUUUUUUGGGCAGUAAUCUCAUUAAAAUCACCUAGAGACUGGAUCAAGACAGUACCCUAUUCUUCACUCUCCUAUUUAAAGUAGAUCUGUGAUUAUGAAGCAGGACUUCUAAAUGAAGAAAUUCCAGGAAAUACCAUGGAUAAACUGUUACUAUUAGUGUUGACUCUGCCCAUUGUCAAUGGGACAAGGGGCAAUGUGAACUUUUGGUACUUUGCAGAGGACUGCCAGUUGAAUGAGGAUGUGUACUUGUGGGGAGGUGCCAGGUUGGAGGACUGAGAUAUGGCCUCACUGUCAUAGCAAUGCAAUUCAAUUUUGUCUAUCAAGCAUAAACAUGGUAGAGGGACCUCUUCUCAAAUUUGGUUGAAGAACCUUAAUGUGAGAUUAAGGUGAUCACAUGAGUAGGCUGAGUCCUUGAGUUUGAGAAGUCAUUAUGCAAAAAUCUGGGUGUUGGGUCCCACUAAUAUCUGCUGCCAACCUUUUAGAAAGAUGUGUUGUUCAACAGAACAGUUCUUCUUUUCUGCUUCGUAUUCAGAAAAGUGCAAUUAUGAUUGGAGAUUUCCUUCUCACAAACAAAGGUUAAUUUCUAUUAGUUAAUCAGGAAUUGUUACUGAUGCCUUUGGUUUCUAGGCAGCUGUUUGUGGAUGCUUCCAUCUUCAAGAUUCCCAACUAUCAAUGAAAGGGAGCAGUAUUGAGCUAUGCUAGCAAAUUUGAUCCUCAGCAUCACUAGUUUAGUCGGAGGGGUAGUCAGCCAGGGUACUCAAACCUUCUUUCAAAAUAACUCCCCAUUGUGGAUGGCAGACAAUAGCUGGAUGUCAGUCCCUCCACAGUGGUAGGUCUGUUACUGCCUGGGGUGGAGAUUCUUUCAUUACGCAAUGCCACUAGUGUGGAUUAUCUAAGGGUCUAACAUUGCAGCCGGGCAUGAGUUAGUGUCUGGAUCAAUGGUCCCAGCCCACACAACAUUUGUAGAGCUCUUGGUAAUGUGAUGUAACACAGACCUUGGAGUUCACACCACAAACCCUUGAUUGGUAUAGUUCAGUUACAAGCUGCCUUAAUAACAAACAUGUACAGCAAUCUCUCAAAUCCAUCUCGCUUCAAAUAUCUAACGGUGUACUAAUACAAAAUAUCCAAGGUCACUUGAACUGCAUUAACAUCCACUCCAGUUACAGGUUCCGUUUUUCCAAACUUCAGUUGUUGCUGUACAAAGCACGUUAAGCUGCAUAACUCAGUGUAGUUGGGUACACGUUCCUUACUGAAUCGGUGAAUUUUUAAAACUGUUAAUGCAGCUCUGUCUCUUCUGAAGGUACUAACUGUUUACACUAUAGACUUUCUUUAUGCUUAAGUGCUACAGGCAUUUUAUUCUCGACCAAUACCAUUCCUCUUAAAAACAUGCAAUGCUCAACACCUGAGGGACCAAUGUUGACCAGCUAGUGAGAUCGACAGUACUAAAUGCUGACCCUUUUUAAUUGUCCAGUGUGCUGAAUUUUGGAAGGAUUUUCUGUGUGCACAUUUUAGUGAGCAGGGAAGUUUUGUCCAUGGAAACUGAGCCUUUCAGUGUGACUGUUGGAAUUAUGUCCUUGUGAUAUUUUGAUUUGAGAUGCCUUUGUUUUUGGGUAUCAGAUUAUCUGCAAAGCUCUGUUGAACAAGUUAGAGUUCAAACUUCACCUACUUAUGAAUCCCAUAAAACUAAAAGGAUGGUUUAGUUGGAAUUAUUUUGGUUUUAGUGUAGCCAGAAGACAGUGGGUUAGAGUUUCAGAUGUUUCUGGGUAAAAGUCAGGGAUGUGGAAUCAGUUUGACCUAACAAAUUUUUUUUUAUGAAGUUUUCUGUUUUUAGAAACUGUUUUUCUUUUAAUGGGAAUGGUCGUAGUGAAGGGAUUUCCCCAAGGUAACUGAGUUCAUAGCAUUCAGUCCAGUGAGACACUUGGCCUGUGCUGAGAUGGUUGAUUUUUGAUUCUCAUUAGGUGAUGGUACAGAAUUGAUUUCUGUUGCCCUGAGUUGAGACUGGCUCCUGCUCCAACACCACCACCUUCCCACAACUAUCCAGUAGCCCCUUCCCUGGAGGCUGCAUUUGUGCAAAUUUUGAUCAUGAAGGGCAAGUGUAACGAGACAGUUGGGAUGGGGAAGAGAGGGAAGAGUGCAGGUAGAAAACUGAACAGCACUGGUGGAGGAGCCAGAAUCUGGGAUUUGAUGCAGUCACUAUCCCUUUAAUAGGAGCACGGAGGUUUUUUAAACUAUAAAAAUAUUACACCCAGGUCUUGGUAUUUGGCCCAGUGUCAAAAUUUGACAUAUAUUCUGUUUGUAAAUACAUUAGAAAUUAAUCUGUAAAUAAUCCUGUUUAAGAAGCAAUGGAUGAUAAUAUGGGAUGCUGGCAUUGAGGUUACUUGGGAUGUGGUUUAAAUUGCACUAAACCUUUCACCAUGAGAAUCAACAGAGGGGGUCAGCCCUCAAGCUUGUGUUACUUUGUACAAAUGUAAGAUAAUCAAAACCUGCAUUUGUAAAGUGCAGGCUGUGUUUAAGAUGUACCUGCUCAUUCCUUAAGACCAGUUUUCUGUGGGAAUGAUUUGUAUUUUCUGUAAGUAUCACUUUUUGAAUUGUUUUGAUGAAAGUGGCAAGGGAGUGAGAGAGCAGAGAAUAACUUUAAAAUGUCCCUCUCCCUCUGACUCCUUUUCAGUGUAGCCCAGUCUCAAGUGUAGGCAUUAACCUGAUGCCCUUAUAGUUGUUGGGCAACAAGUUACCACUGCAUUACCACAUUGACUGGUUUUAUACUCCUGGCAGGUAAAAUAAAAUCUACGUUGAAUAUA